CAUCCCUUCAAAUUCGCCUCUUCCUUCUCAAUUUCUCUCCCUCCCUCUCAACACAUUUUCUCGGGUCGGGUCGUGCAUUCUCGGAGCAUCGCCGGAAUCCUUUCCGACCGAAAAAGAAAAAUAAUGACGGGAUCCCUCGCGGCAAGGCUCGUCCUUCGUCGUUGCCGAUCGCCGGCAAGUCAAUUCUUCUUCCGCAGGGAAGCCUCCUGGCCGGCGACGGAGCGAACGACAAAGGACGUCGUUACGUCGCCGCCGAAGGAAUUGCCGGCGUUCGACUACUCUCCGCCGGCGUACUCCGGUCCCUCCCGCGACGAGAUCAUCGCGAAGCGCCGGGAGUACCUCAGCCCUUCGAUCUUCCACAACUACAAAUCUCCGCUGAACGUGGUGGAGGGGAAGAGGCAGUACCUGUUCGACGAUAAGGGAAGGAGGUAUCUCGACGCGUUCGGAGGGAUUGCUACGGUGUGCUGCGGGCACUGCCACCCCGAUGUGGUGGAGGCCAUCGUGGAACAAACGAAGCGGUUGCAGCACUCCACAGUUCUGUACCUGAACCAUGCCAUAACGGAUUUUGCUGAGGCUUUGGCUGCUAAGCUUCCCGGUAAUCUUAAGGUGGCAUUUUUUACAAAUUCUGGAACGGAAGCAAACGAAUUGGCAAUACUGAUAGCAAAAUUGUACACUGGCUCCCAUGACAUAAUAUCUCUAAGGAAUUCUUACCAUGGGAAUGGUGGUGGAACGAUGGGGACCACAGCUCAAAGCAUUUGGAAAUAUAAUGUUGUGCAGAGUGGUGUUCAUCAUGCGGUGAAUCCAGACCCUUAUCGAGGCCUUUUCGGUUCUGAUGGAGAGAAGUAUGUAAGAGAUGUUCAAGAAAUCAUUAAUUUUGGAACUUCCGGAAAUGUUGCAGCUUUCAUAUCUGAAGCGAUACAGGGAGUAGGGGGCAUCGUUGAACUGGCUCCUGGUUACUUGCCUGCUGCCUACGAUAUUGUUAGAAAAGCUGGAGGUCUUUGCAUUGCCGACGAGGUUCAGACGGGAAUUGCUCGCACCGGUAGCCAUUUCUGGGGAUUUGAGGCCCAUGGUGUUGUACCUGACAUAGUAACAAUAGCAAAGAGCAUUGGAAACGGCAUUCCUCUUGGUGCUGUUGUGACAACUCCUGAGAUUGCGAAGGCAUUGACUCGCCGGAGUUACUUCAACACCUUUGGUGGGAAUCCUGUUUGCACUGCUGCAGGAUUGGCUGUUUUAAGAGUGAUAGAGAAAGAGAAGCUUCAAGAAAAUGCUUUUGUAGUGGGUUCCUAUUUGAAAGAGAGACUCAAUGCACUCAAGGACAAAUAUGAAUUAAUUGGUGAUGUUAGAGGAAGAGGCAUGAUGCUUGGAGUUGAACUUGUCAGUGAUGGCAAACUUAAAACACCAGCACAAAGUGAAACACUGCAUGUGAUGGACCAAAUGAAAGAAUUAGGAGUGCUGAUUGGAAAGGGUGGCUAUUAUGGAAAUGUAUUCAGAAUUACACCCCCCCUAUGUUUCACCAAAGAAGAUGCAGACUUCCUUGUGGAUGCGAUGGACUACACAUUUUCCAGAAUGUGAAGCUUAAAAUAAGAACUAAGUGUAAAUAAAUCUCUAUUUUACAUUAUCAUGUUAAGUAAACUGUAUUAGGUUGAUGCUUGGUUUCAUGCUGGCGCCACAAAAGUCACAUUUUUUAUGUAGAAAUCUGGAGGCUACAAAGAGUUGUGGUGAGAUUGAAUGUGAAAAAAAUAAUUGUAUCCCUUUCACCACACCGCAGGAACCAAACACACCAGUAUACCAUCUAUUUAGAUUGUAGCAAGUCAAGUUUAUAAAUUUUACAUGGAAGCUUAGUCCCAUAAUAGCUCACUGUCAUUGCAGAAUGUGAAUGAGCCAACAAUUCGUUGUCUCGUUUAUCUUA